AGCUCUCUUUGUUUUACCAGGAAGCUCUUCUAGCGACCUCAAUCUCAAUGUCAAAGCAACCUUCCUGUUAAGAGUCCUAAAAGUGCCACCAGUAUCUAAUACCUAAUAUGACCAUGUCGAACGAGUCCCUUUUUUCACUGCUUCAAACCUGCCUCUCGGCCUCAAGCAAAGCCUAGCGUGGACGUGGGACAGUGGUGAACUCAGAGACGACUUAGACAACAAAGAGCAGCAGCCCCGUAAGAAGUAUUGCAGCCUAAGAAAGCGUCGCUUUCGCGAUCAUCUCUCAGCCUGGUGUUCUACAAGACUCGGCGACGUGAUGGAAUUUUCAUGAACAAAAAGGAUAAUUCGUUUUUAAAUUUAUUUAGACGAUUCCUCUUCCAUCCUCAGACCUCAUUGUAACGCACUCCUACAGGUGAUCGUGCUACCUGGUGAUUUAGUUCGAGGAGCUGCAGCACAGCGAGCAGCGCAGCUGGAGCUGCAGCAAUGGCCUCUUCCUCUACUAGUGGUGGGGUGCUUGCGCAACCCGUAGAUCUCGAUCGUCGACAUGCGAGUACAAGAACCACAAGAGAAGCUACUAGUACUGCCUCUACUAGCCAUGUUCAUGAUCCGGAAGAGUCGUGUGACAAAGAGAAAGAUCCAGCUGCAUCAGUAGCAACUACUGCAGACGAACAAGCAAAACCUGUAGGAGCCCUUGUGGUCCCGCCUUCAUGCGGCAGAAACGAUGCUAACGAAGGAAAGAAAAAGAAAAAACGGAGAAAGAAGAAGACAAGCAAGGAUUAAGGCCUUCCUUUGUAUUAUCCAUUUCCAUUCUCAGAAGUGGCUGAAGCGUCUUGGUGCUAUCUGCGCAUACGAGAAAAUACAUAUUUAUAGCUCAUGAAAAAGUAGAAGAUGUAGGGGUAGAAGAGGUCGCUCAUCUCAUGACACUGGGAGGACAGCUCCGAGUGGUAGUGGUCACGGGUCCAACUCCAAGGUGCAUGAUAUUUAAUAAUCAUCGCAAAAGCACUCUGGAAUAUCCUAUUUGAAUUUUAUGGUGGUGGCUAGCUCUAAGAAGUAAAUGAGAAGGAGAUCGAGUCUCCGUUGCAGUUUUCGCUAAAGUCUCGGCUGCGUCUGACAACCCCGUCUUCAGGUGAAGACAGCGUUCGUAGAGAAAGUUUCUACCUCCUGCCUCGGCAAAUCGAAGACUGGGUCUAUAGCAACACGAACCGUGUUCUUUCUAGUAGUCCUCUAGGCUCGGGAACUACGAAGGACAGCAGUGACGCGACCAACAGUUAUGCUGGUGCAGCUUCAAUAAUGAGGACCAAGACCACGAAGCAGGCGGGUCCUCGACGUUUAGAAGGAGGGGCUCGAUGGCGGCCGUUCCUCAGGUGGU